AUGGAAUGCUACGGGCUCACACGCACCCCGCACUACGGCUACUGGGCCUACCGGCAUCAGAACUCCUCCCCGCGGUCCGCCUGGGAGUCCCUCGUCAGGCAGUACUUCCCGCCGCAUGAGGGGUUCGUGAUCAAAACGGGCAGCCCGGAGCCGGUGCACAGCUCGAAGGCGCAUGGCGGGCAGUACGAGGGGUGCGGCUACGACUGGCUGACGGUGCACAGCGCGUGCACGGGGACGCACCUGACGCUGAUCGGCGGCCAGAGCGCCUUCAAGAGCCCGGACUGGCCGUUCCUGCUGUCGAUGUGGCCGCACAACGACGCGCGGCACCCGCGCUUCUCCUUCGCGGGCAUCAUCCAGGGCGACUGGGUCCGGUUCUACGUCCACCACCCGCAGUACGGCUUCUGGGCGCUGGGGCUCCGCGGCCUGGACGCGAAGACCUCCUUCGACACCCGAACCGACGCGCCCUGGAUCCACCAGUUCUUGGCCCAGUUCCGCAGCUUCGCGCGCACCCCCGAGCGCAUCUGCGAGACCUCCCUCCAGGAGUUCGAGUUGCCGUGUAAUCGGCGCUCCGCGGACGGGCGGUGGCGCGCCACCGCGGAAUAUUGUUUGCCGCACCGGGCGAUGACGAUUUGA